GCUAAUGAAAAAUCGAAUUUUUUCUCAAAUCGGCUGAAGUUUAAACGGGCCAAGAAUCACAGAAGUUACACUCAAGCGGUUACACAACAUGCUAUAAGUAAAUAUCGAACCGCUAAAAUGUCACAAAAAGAAUUAGCGGCCCUUGUCGCCACAAGAACGAGCCGCAAGCGGACCGUUCCCUCUACAUCCUCUCCAAUGUCUACGCGGUCGGAACCGAGAUCCAUCAUAGAGAUUCACAUAUCCAAUGACUCAUCUGCCGCAAAGAGAACUUGCCGGAAUGUGGAGAGCUCGACUGGAGUGGUGGAACAGGCACAGAAGCAGGAGGAGGAGGAGUUCCUCGGUCAAGUGCCACCGUUAACUGAAGAAGAGCAGCAGCGCCAUAACGAGUUCCGCAGCAGUGGAUCUAUUUUUCUCCAGGAUUUACCCUGUUUUAAGUUGCAGCAGGCACAGCCAGCAGUUGGUUCUUCGCCGAUUCCCAAGUGCCGGGAAUGCCGGCGGAGAAACUUGGCCCCCAAAGAUGGCGAGACCAGCGUUGGCAACGAUGUCUACUGUCGAUUCUAUGAAUUUCGACGUCUACAGUUUGAUGAAAAAGGAGAGCUGGGCGUUGUGGGUUUUCCGAAUCCCUACAUCGAACCCACACCGGAGGACAUUGCCGUUUGGCAGCCGGAUGAGAAUACUGCUCCGACCAGCGGUUACAUGGACAUACAGGUCUGCCGUUAUAUUCUGCUCCAUGCCGGCGACCAGUUCUGCUAUUUGUGGCGCCAAGAGGCAGACGCUCUGCGAUUGCACCAGAAUCCGGAUGGCAUUAUUGCCUGGAAGAAGGCCGUGAAGGGAACCCGAGAGAUCUGCGAUGUGUGUGACACGACGCUGUUCAAUUAUCACUGGACCUGCCGCAAGUGCGGCUUUGGGGUUUGUUUGGAUUGCUUUAAGGAUCGCAAGGAGGGCAAGCGAUUGCGACGUGCGGAGAAUGCUGCCCAAAAGGGUUGCGACGAAUACCACUGGUUGUUGUGCACCGAUCCCAGUGGCCCCCACGAGCACCGCCCCGCCGAGCUAAUGCUGACCCAAAUUAUAGCAGGAGAUUCGCUCAACGUUCUGGGCAGGCUGCUCCACGAUGUGCGAACAGUGUGGCAGGUGCCACAGGUGUGCGGCUGUCUGCUGAGCAAAGAUACUGUCAAGGAUCCUCAGUUGAGCGGGAUGAUUCAGGACAUGAUCAAGGAGUCGCAGUUGAAGCAGCACACUAGCUUUUCCUCGCUGGCCUCCGAACAGAAACUCCAUCAACAACAGCGUCUCGAAGAGCUGCACGCCAAGAAGCUGGAGUUUGCCAGAGAGCAUGGCAUCGAUUACGUACCAGGAAGGGUUUGGACCAAGGAAACCUUGGGAAAGGACCCGAUAACAACGGCUUUUGACAAUUUCAAGCACAUUAAUUUUCUCAGGAAGGGACUGGCCGGUUUAAGGCGAUUUCUUCCACCAAAAUCCAUGACUUUGGCACAGUCUACUCAGUUGGCACCUGGCGUUCCACACGAGUGGCUCUGCGAUGGCAAGUUGCUGCGUCUCACCGACGCCAUGCAUCCAGACAAUCGGGUUCUCUACCAGGAGGUCUGGAAAUGCGGCCAGCCAGUGAUGAUUUCGGAGGUGGCUCGCUCUUUGAAUUUGGAUCUCUGGCAUCCGCAGGCAUUUUGCCGCGACUUUGGCGACAAGCCCAACGAUCUGAUUAACUGCCUGAAUGGAAAUCUAGUUCCCAAUCAACCGAUGCGGCACUUUUGGGAGGGAUUUCAGUGCAUGAAUAAGCGCCUGUUGGAUGCCAAUAACAAGCCGAUGCUUUUGAAACUUAAGGAUUGGCCGCCUGGUGAUGAUUUCGCCGAGAUAUUGCCCACCAGAUUUGCGGAUCUGAUGAAGGGAUUACCCAUGCCGGAAUAUACUUUACGAACGGGAAACCUAAACAUUGCUAGCUGUCUGCCGAAGAUGUUUGUACCACCUGAUCUGGGUCCCAAGAUGUACAAUGCUUACGGCUCGGCUUUGCACCCGGAUAAGGGAACAACCAAUCUUCACCUGGACAUUUCCGAUGCCGUCAACAUAAUGGUUUAUGUGGGAAUCCCCCAGGACGGGGAUAUUAAGCCUCAACUGGCGGCCGCUCAGAAAGCAAUUGAUCUGGGCGGAUGCGAUUAUAUUACCAGAGCUCGAUGUCAAUCGCCAGAUGUUUUGCCUGGAGCACUGUGGCACAUUUUUCCGGCCCGCGAUGCCGACAAGAUCAGGGAUUUACUUAACCGUGUAACUUUAGAGAAGGGUUUUCGGCUGGAGCCCGAUCACGAUCCCAUUCAUGAUCAGAAUUGGUAUCUGGACGACAAGUUGCGGGCCCGUUUGUUUAAGGAAUACGGAGUGGAAGGACAUCCGAUUGUCCAGUGCUUGGGCGAUGCUGUCUUCAUACCGGCAGGAGCCCCUCAUCAAGUUCAGAAUUUGCACAACUGCAUUAAGGUGGCCGAGGAUUUUGUAUCGCCAGAGAACAUUACCCAUUGCUACCAUCUCACCCACGAGUUUAGAAGGCUCUCGCACUCUCACACAAAUCACGAGGACAAGCUGCAGAUCAAGAAUAUUAUUUACCAUGCCAUCAAGGACUGCUGCACCAUCCUCACCAGAGCUUUGGAUGAACGCAUCGAUGCGGAGACGGCCAAGCUACCAGAAAAUUAGAUUUCACUACCACACUUCAUUUUUUUUAAGUUUAUACCAAUUAUAAAAUUAUUUUUACAUACAUAUAUGUUAGAUUACAAAUACAUA